GCUGAUUUUGUCACAUGACCCUGGUUAACAUGCCCCUAGCCGCCUAGCAUAACAGGUCAACAGAGAGCAGCAGCUAGCAGUGUAAAUAAUCCCCAGUGACAGCGCUGAGACAUGAGUGGCAGCAGCUCGUUGGUGCAGCUUGGCUACGUGUUAGUGCAGGCGCCUCUCCAGCUGUGAGCGCUGAGCAGAGGAGCGUCACCGUUGAACGAGGCCAUGUAUCCGUUCGGCUGCGAGGCGGAGACCUCACUUCAGGACCUGUUUGAAUAUUUCAAGAGGUGCCUGCGUGACGGAGAGUGGGAGCUGGCCAGCGCCUGUGUGCCGCAGCUGGUGAACUCCACACUCUCCCAAAACCUCCGAGACAUAGUCAAAGCUAUCAUCCGCCAUCCUUACAGUUUGAAAUGGGAGUCUGUGGGCAGUCCACACAAACUGGCUUGGUUUUGGCUUCAGGUUUUGGAGAAAUGGACAGAAGAGCAGGUUUCUCCCAACAUCAGAAGAGAGUUGGAGUUCCUUCUGCUCCUGGAGGAACUGGGGUCGGAGGGCAUCACGGAGACUGUUCUCAAGGAGUUGCACGAGGCCUUCAUGGACACCCAGCCCGACCAGAAGGCGGCAGGAGGCUCCAGGGCAACAGACGCCGCUGUUGAGUCUUGCCUCCGAACAUUACUGGAGAAGAAGAAGCCCAGACUGGCCCAGUGUUUAACACAUUUCUUACAGGACCAGUCUUCCACAGAGGAACACACUCUGCAGCACACGUUCAUCCAAUACCUGAUGAGGAAACUGGAGAAGCCAGAGAGGAAGCCAGAGAAGGUGGAGGAGUGGGUGGAGGAGAUAUAUGCGGUGUUGGCAGUGAUGCCGUGGAGCUCUCGUAGAGGCGGCGGGCAGUUUGAGGCGCUGUGUGAAGCACUGUGGGCGGCCAGAGACGGACCCCUGAAAGAGGGGCGGAUCCUGAGCUCGCUGCUCCGCCCUCAGUGUGGCACUCUCGUCUCCGUGUACUGCUCCACCGCUCUGAGGCUGCAGAGGGAUCGUCUGCUGAGGAGCGCGCCUCACACGCAAGUGGACCUCCCUGAAGCGGAGAAGCUGGCUCUCAGUUUAUGCUGCCACAAGGAUCGUCCAUCCGUCUGGAAGACCAUUUAUUUUGAGUGCCUUAGUAGUGGGAAGCACUUCCUGGAGCAGGUCUUGGUUACUGCGCUGGACCUGAUGAAACACGAGGACUUCUCUCAGCUGAAGGACUUGCUGCGGCGGGAGUUCCAGCCUCUGUCUCGUCUGCUGCUGCUGCUGGGAUGGACUCAGUGUCGCAGUCUGAGCUCGGCUCAAACGCUGCUCAGCGUCCUUCACCGAGAGCAGGCAUCAGCCAGUGACUCUGUUCUGCAGGAGUUCGCCAACCUCCUGUCCUCUCAGCUGGGAAUACUUGAAUGGUGUAAAAACAACAAUCCAGGUAUUUCCUUGGAGGCGCUGCUGACUCAGCUCCACACUCUGGACAGCCACUCAGCGCUCUACGUCCUGCACUCUCUGACUCCUCUGCCUCAGUUUGAGGAGCGCAGGAUUCUCCAGCUGCUGCAGCGACUGCCGAAUUCACCGGGAGCAGAGGACUCAGAGGGCGUCGGUUCUCUCAGCUCUGGUGUGCAGAAGAACAUCGUUUUGUUCCAGGGGUUCUGUGCCAUGAAGUAUGCCAUCUACGCUCUCUGUGUUAAUGUACAUAAAUACUCCAACUGCGCCGAGUGCGAGUCCGUGCAGCAGCAGCAGCAAACCACGGCCGCAGAAAGUGAUCAAAAUCAAGCCUCAACUUCCUCAGAAGGUUGCCAGGUGCAGUUCCAGCACUACCUCUCGGAGUGUCAGCUCUACCUGGAGGCUGUGCCGGCCAUGUUCCGCCUGGAGCUGCUGGAGAACAUCUUCUCCCUCCUCUUCCUGUCCACCGCUGAUUUUGCGCAGCAGAUUCAAAAAGAGGCAAACACGAACCUGAACGCGGAGGAUGUCGAUCGAGACCGUUCGUCAGGUGCAAGAAACGCUAAUGUAGAAUUAAGAGCGAGGACAGACGAGAGCGAUCGCAGCAGGAGAGAGAGCCCGAAGCGUCGUGCACGUUCGCUAACGGGAUCCCCCCGCAGCCACCUGGACCUGGGACACUUCAUCCAGGGCUGCAGGGGUUUCGUGGUGGAUGUGACGGCCAUGGAGGGUGUGCUGAAGCUGCUGAAGGAAGGGUUGGAGGGCAUGUGCGUGGUGGGUCAGCAGGAGGGGCAGGAGGCGGGAAGAGCGCUGCCUCGAGAGGCCGAGGCGGCGGAGAGUCUCGGCUGCUCGGUGACGGCCGAGACAUUCGGGGCUCGUCUCCAACGGUUGUCCAAACGCACGGCGGAGGCUCAGUGGAGGCUGCAGAUCAUCACCAGCAACCAGGGCACCGGCAGUGGCUCAGAGAGCCCGCUCCAGGUGUCGGCGGUCGGCCGCGCUGCCUCUUCUUCGGGACGCAGCAAGAGCUCGAGUCUGAGGAGGAGGAGGAGACCAGGGAGACACGCUACAGAGAGACAAACCUCCACAGAGAAACUCAAUGGAGAAGUCAGCACGAGCGCAUCAGACGGUGGAGGAGCGGCAGCUGCAGGUUGUGUGGAACUGGAGGUUUGUCCAUGCGGAGGUCCUCACAGCUGGCUGGCCCCCGCCAUGUUGUCCCCCCCGGAGUCUCUGCUAAUGUCCUGCAUCCGCAGAGGGAACUUCAUGGAGGCGCGUCAGGUGUCUCUGGUGUUCGAUCUGGGGGCGUCCGCCUGUUGCGGCGAGUUGGUGUUCAUGGAGCGCUACAAAGAAGUGCUGGUGGAGCUGGGGCAGGUGGAGCAGAAGAUGGAGAGCCAGUCCAUGUCUUCAUCGUCGUCCUCCUCAGAGGGCUUGGGGUCGACGGCCGCGACGGGCACCGGGAGGGUUCGGCUGGGCAGCAGCGGGCGGUCGACGCUGCAGGCCAUCGGGAGCGCUGCCGCUGCAGGUGUGGCUUUCUACUCCAUCUCAGACAUCGCGGACCGUCUCCUCAGCACCCCCGCCCACCCCAUGCCCUCGCUGGAGGAAGGCUACUGGCUGAGCUGCUGCUCCUCAGACCCCUCUGGCCUCGUCUACACUUUGCUGGAGGAGCUCAGCGCAGCGGCUAUGGCUGCCUUUGACCUGGCCUGCUGCCACUGUCAGCUCUGGAAGACGUCCCGACAGCUGCUGGACACAGCGGAGCGCCGGCUCAGCAGCAGCCUGGAGGCUCGAGGAGUGCGAGUGGACCCCAAGGUUCCUCAUUCUGACGGCAUCUGUGGAUUUCCUAUGGUGUUACAACAGAUCAACAAGAUCCUCAACCACUCUGCUACAAACAAGGGCUCGGUCAAAACAGACGCUGUCGGGGAGGACCAGGUCUCUGCCAGUCCAUUCGGUUGCUGCAUUCAAGAAGUGCUCCUGUGCUGCCACCCGACACUGAGCGAGGAGUCCAUCGCCGCCCGGCUCAGUCUGGCUCAGCGCCUGGAGACCACCCUGCACACUCUGAGCAGCGCUGCAGACAGCACAGAGGGCGGUGCGGGCAGCGCUCUCCUGGCUCUCUUGGUCGACCAGGCCAAUCUGAAGCAGUCGGAGCUGGACGCUCACCCCGUGCGCUCCAGCAUGAAACAGCUGCUUCGUUCUCUGGACCAGCUCUGCCCCUUCGAGCCGGACGGAGACCUCGCCAGACCGGAUUAUGUGCGGAGUUUCCUCGACUACGUCAACACGCUGGCGUCCGUGCUGGUGCGCAGCCUUGGUUCAGAAGACCAGAGCUGCGAAGUGAAGCUUGGGAAUCCACUGCUGGUGCUGCUUCAAGCCCCGUUUCAGCUCCUCUCCCACCUGCUGUUUGACAGACAGGUGUCUCCUGACAGAGUGCUGUCCUUGCUGAAGCAGGAGGGUCUGCGGCUGAGUGUCCAGCAGGUGAUCGUCCAGCGAUGCUGUGAGACGUUGCCUCUGUGGCUCUCCUGUCCCGGCGCCGAGCGAGACUCCGAUCAGACCAAGAAAGAUGACGGCGUGUUCGGCGUCGCCAGUUUGUCCGUCCUGCUCCAGCAGCACGCUCAUGAACACAUGCCAACUCUGGGAAUCGCAGAGACUCAGUCCGACACCAGCUCAGAGUCUGAGGCGUCAGUGGAAGACCAGUCUGCGACACCCACCAACCUCUCCACCUCGCCUCCCUCUAAUUCAUCCUCCUCCUCCUCCUCCUCCUCCUCCUCCUCCUCAAACUCUUUCCUCCUCACACCGUCGGCCCUGUCUUUCCUGAAGUCUCGCUCGCCCUUACUGGCCUCACUUGCGUGUCUGAGCGCAUGUAAGGGAGAAACCGCCCGGACACAAGCCUCCGGGUGGUCGGGGUAUUUCCGCAGCGGACGUAAAGAGGUCGUCCUGGACGGUGAGCAGAUUUCCCGUGAAGCUGACACCCUCCUGAAAGAUUUCCCCAUUCUCUGGGCGUACCUCCACACCAUGGCCGAGCCGGUGCUGGGCGCCCCGUUACCAGAGGGCGAGGAAGGCGCCGCUGGACUCGGGGCGGUCGUGUGUGGGAAACCUCUCGUCACUCUCCUGCUGUCCGGACCGCAGGAAGACGCAGCCCAGGCCGUGGCUGCUGAGGCCUUCCAGAAGGCGCUGUCCUCCAGAGACCUGGGCCGCGCUCUCAGCCUGCUGGAGCUGUACGGACACGGCUGCAGCCAGGAGGGGGCGCUGAGAGACCGGCUGCUGGCCUGUGCUGCUUUACAAGACGGAGGGGAAGGUACAGGUCAGCUGUUCCGCGUACAGGACGCCGACCUGCGGGCCCGCGUUGCCCUGCAGGCUCUGGAGCGAUGGCCUCUGUCCGCCUGCAUGGAGCUGCUGGAGUUCUGCCUCAACGACCCGAACACAGAGGACGCCCUGAGGACAGACCUGGAGCUCAAGAGGAAAGAACUGGACAUCUAUCGCUGGAUGUUAAAUUUGCAGCCUCCGUUGCCGUGGGAUACCUGGCAGGAGCUGAGGACUCAGUCCAAGACGAACUCAGAGUCCAUGUUGUCCAGGAUGGUGGAAGCGAAAGAGUUUGCUCUUUGUGCUCAGUGGGUGGAGCUGUAUCCUGUAUCUGAGCAGCUGAGGCUGCAGCUAAAGACUGAGCAUUUGCUUCAUCUGCUGGAGAAGGGACAGACGGACGAAGCUUUCCAGUUGCUCGAGGGCCUCUCUGAUUUCGUGGCGGGCCUGGACAUCUGUGAGCGCGCUCUGGACCGCUGCCCCGGCCUGGCCGCCUGUCACUUCCUGGCCGACUACCUCACCUUGCAUUUCCAGCGUCAGGUGUCUCCAGCACGCCGACGGCACAUCCACGCCCUUCACCUGGGCUCUAAGGUGUUGCUGACUCUGCCCCCGGCAGCCAGGCAGGAUUACUUCCCACUGCUGUCGGAGCCUCUGCUGAUGCUCGAGCAGCUUUUGAUGAACCUGAAGGUGGACUGGGCAGAUGUGGCGGUGCGAACCCUGCGGAGCCUCCUGGUUGGUCAGGAGGCGGGCUUCGGGACCGAGGACAUCGAUAAGCUCCUGGCAGACUAUUCCUGCAAGGCCCUCGACUUCUCCUGCGCCCCCAGAGAGAGAUCUAGAUCUGACUCUGUAAUCAGCCUCCAGGACGUGCUGACUCAGUGUCCUGCUCAGGACAGCUGCUCCCUGUCGUCCAGUCGAAUCGACUCUCCGACCCCCUCUGCAAGCAGCACCCCGACACACACCCCCUCCUCCAACAGCACGGAGAGGGAUCGGAGCUCAGCAGGGAGAAAACGCCGCUCGCCCGCCAAGUUCCAGCCUCCGGACCAACCCCCAGCCCGUAAAGACUGGGUCCCUGACACCCAGCAGCACGUGUGCAUGGUUUGCCGGCGAGAGAGGUUCACCAUGUUCAACAGACGGCAUCACUGUCGGAGAUGUGGGCGUUUGGUUUGUCACGCCUGUUCUGAGCGGAAGAUGCCUGUCGAGGGAAGUCCAGGAGAGGAAGUCAGAGUCUGUGACCAGUGUUUCAGCUACUUUCACCCAGAUUCUGACGAUGAGCUGGAACCAGCUGAAGUGGCUGGAAGCCCUGCGGUGACAGAGGAAGCUUUAGAUGGGAUGCUGCACCUGCCUGAAGUCGUCCAUCGACACAUUCAGCUCAGCACCAACUCUGCAGAGAACCAGCUGCAGCGCAGCGAGUUCUACUACGAACAGGCUCCCAGUGCGUACCUCUGCGUGGCCAUUUUGUCUCUGCACAGUGACCAGACAUCCUGCGGACACCAGCUCAUCGUCCACUGCCGCUCUCUGUCCUGCAAGCUGACCAACCCCGAGGUGGACGCCUGCCUCCUCACCGACAUCAUGCGGCGGCUGCUCUUCAGCGCCAAGCUGAUGUUCGUCAAGGUCGGCCGCAACCAGGAUCUCGCCCUGUGCGACAGUUACAUCAGUAAAGUAGACGUGCUUAAGAUUCUAGUGACGGCCAACUACAAAUAUAUUCCUUCUCUGGACGACAUCCUGGAGACCUCUGCUGUCACGCGUCUUCGCAAUCAGCUGCUGGAGGCCGAGCACUACCAGCUCGCAGUCGAGGUGUCUACCAAGAGCGGCCUGGACCCUGGUGGCGUGUGGCAGGCGUGGGGGAUGGCCUCUCUGAAGGGAGGGAACCUUUCAGGGGCGAGGGAGAAGUUUUCCCGCUGUCUGAAGGCUCCUGUGGACCGCAACCAGCUCAACCUGGGUCCCUUACUGCUGCAGGAGAUCGUCCAGCACCUGGAGACCGCCGUACGACCCACUCUGACCGCGUCUUAUGGUGAGGACAUCUUGGCGUCCCUGCGGGAGCUGGAGGACGCCCUGAGCGACGCAGGUCCCGUCGAGCGACCGGAGGGACAAACGCAGAGCGGCCGCCUCCACCAGGAGUGUCUGUACUACUUGAACACAUAUGGCACUCACCUGGCGCUCAUCAGCUUCCACGUGCGUCACGACUGCAUGACAGAGGCCCUGACGUACCUGCUCAACAAGGAUUGCCCGGAGGAGGUGUUUCUGGAGGGUGUGUUGCAGCCCAGUCUGGAGCGGGGGCGUCUUGGCACGCUGCAGGGGAUCCUGGAAAAACUGGAUCCUGGCCUGGAAACAUGCAGCCGCUACCUCAUCGCCUCCUGCCAGUUCCUGCAGCGGCGCGGAUACUUUAACACUCUCUACCAGCUCCAACAGUUCAUGAUGGAUCACGUACGUGCAGCCAUGACCUGCAUCCGAUUCUUCACACACGGGGCCAGUUCGUACCUACAGCUGGGAGAACAGCAGCGCUGGUUGGUCAGAGCCAAAGAGCACCUGAGGACGUACCUGCAGGAGCAGCAAGGUCGAGGCGCCGGGAGGAGAAAAUCUCAGGUCAACUCAUUGAGGAAGACGAUGUCGUCCAGUGACGUGUCCAGGCACAUAAACACGAUCGAGCUCCAGCUGGAGGUGACGCGUUUCCUCCACCGCUGCGAGUCUGCCGCCUCCUCCAGGUCUCCGCAGACCAGCGCUCCUCCCUCCAGAUCCUCCGGAGCCACUUCACCACCUACUCUGUUUGGGGGGAGUCCCAUGAAGGUUGAGGUCGCCUGUAAGGUCAUGCUGGGAGGAAAAAACAUUGAGGAGGGGUUUGGCAUCGCUUACAGAGUCAUACAGGACUUCCAGCUGGAGGCCCAGGCCGUCUACACGCGGGCCGGCCAAAGGCUCGUCCGACAGAGGCAGUACGGAGCCGUGCGGCAGCUGCUGAAAUGCGUCGGCGAAUCGGGCACCGCCACCAAAAACGACUGUGAUGGCCUCAUCCUCAGCUGUGUCUCCGUCGCAGAUAAAACCCCAGCUGAUGCGAAGGAGCUGGAAAGUCUCAUUCUGGAAACCAAGAGCACAGAGAACAAGAUCAAAGCCUACCUGCUGUGCAGUAAGCUGCGGCCGGCGUACCUGCUGGCGGUGAAGCUGGACCCGAGCCGGGCCGGCCCAUUGGUCCAGGACGUCCUCCAGGCCGCCGAGGGAGCGCAGGACUCUGUGAUGAAAAACAUCUGCUGCCAGUGGCUGUCUGAACAUCACAACAAGUCAUCUCAGCAGCGCCAGGCCCGAACCAACGCCAGGUAAAGGCGCAGUCGGCACAAACAAGGGAUUACACGGAGCGCUUCAACACGAAAAACAGAUGAGCCGCAAAUGAAGCGCAAAUAAGAGGAUCCAGGGUUUCUGAUGUGACACAGCUGUAGAGGUGUGGCCGGGGAGUGAUGCGUGAGCUUUCACAUCAAUAAGACCGCUCACUGUGUCCCGGGAGAGCAGACAGGUCAGAGUUUGAUGUGUAAAAUCGGUUCCCCAUUAACCAAAGUAAGACUAACCCCACUGUCUUUAAUAUUUUGUAUUAUAUGGGCUGGAUUCAGACGUUUCAUCUUCAGCGUCUGACCCAGAAGUACCAGAUUUGGCUUUGUAUGUAGCUUUGAAUCAUGCUGCUCCCAUAGUAUAACUCAGUAUGUGCUGAAGAAGUAGAACUCGGGUCGGAAAUGGACUCAACUGUCAGUUAAUUAUAAAACUUACAGUCCUUUCUGUGUCGCUUUGAGACGUGACCUAACGUCCCCUGAUUUCUAGUUCUCACCUUGCUGCAGUUGUGAACAGGUGUCCUCUGUCAGGUCUGGUUAUGUGUGCAACACACUGAGCUGUCACUGAUACCAGGUGUGGUCAGAGGUGAACAACAACAGCUUUGCACCAGAGAGGACAGUGAAACAUCCAGACACCCUGACGACCUCUCUCUCUCUCUCUCUCUCUCUCUCUCUCUCUCUCUCUCUCUCUCUCUCUCUCUCUCUCUCUCUCUCUCUCUUUACUUUACUACGGCCUUCCCGUCUGUGAAUAUAGCGAAUCACCGCCGUGCUUUGUUUCCACUGCUGAAAUAUUUGGCUGUUAUCUCUCAUCUGUACAGUGUUUGAGAGGGAACAAUGUUACUGCACUGGAGUGACAACUCUUACAUAACACUACUGCACAGCUGCAGUGUGAACAGACGCAGUCACUCUCACUCAGUAUAUCAACACAGUAACUCAGUAUUUGACUAAGAUUCGUCUCCUACCUCAACCUGAAGGGAAAGUAUCUUGAACCGACUGGAAAGCGUCUGAUAAACGUGUAGGUCCUUUUUCAUUUUAUGUCGUCAUUGUGUCAGUGUGUGGAGAACAGACGUAAAAACCUACGACCAAGAACAGAACAAGUUCAAAACUGAAAAUGUCGUCUUGUUUUUGUAAUCCCGAUGAAGCUGUUUACCUGUUUUACAUUGUAUAGCACAUUUUCUGGCUUUCAGCAUACAGUCCCUUUAUGAUAAGGGGAAUUAAUAUCAAACCAUUUCAAGUAUUUAAGGGCAUUUAAGACAAGUUUAAGGUUGGAUACAGAAAGGGACUGACUUCUAGAUCAGGUUUAAUUCAUUAUCCAGAAAAUCAACUGUCUAGUCUUUAGUUUUUAUGUCUCAUUAUAUGUCAUCUUGUGUUUGGGUAAUGAUCACCACUAUCACUAAUUUUAAAUCAUGCUUUUCGCUUUGUUCUCUUGUGAGACGUGACCCACAGUGAAUAUAAAUCCAUAAUGAUUAACUGACACAGAUAAAGAGUCAAAUAGUGUUUAGAAAAAGGGAUUUAACUGUAACUGUGGCCACAUGCGAUCUGUCGAUGUGCAUUAUUGUUUUUCUGCCUGCUUUCCUCACAAACCUGCGACCCGGAUAACUCACGCCUUUUAAUUCACUCACACGACAAUCGCCCCUCGCUGCUGAAGCUGCCUUGACAAGAAUGUGUAUUUCAGAGCUGCUCUGAUCACAUGGUCGAGAAGUUUGUCUUUUCUUUAGAGAUACUGUGUCGUCCCUUUGCCUUGCUUCCCUCUGCUGCACUCGUCUGAAGACCGAGACCGAUCCUCCUGUGAUGGCGAGCGUUGAUCAGCAAGAGGUCGAAUGGAGUCGGUUUAGACUUUUGAGACGUUCUUGCGCUCUAAUCCUCCUGAACUCGGACUGUUGUCUCAUCACUGCCGCACUUUAUAUCAGUGAGUUUAAAGAAAUAAACUUCUAUUGGGGGAAGAAAUUUAAAGAAUAUGUAAUAAAGUAACUGCUCUAAUGAUGCAGGGACUAAUGAUUGUGAAAUGUAAUUGAUUUCGCCAUCACUUGUCAAAUAAAAUGAAAAUGAAAUAAUAAUAAAAAAGUGUAAUAAUAAAAAAG